UCUUACUUCCUUCAUGAGCCAACACCAACUGAGAUAAAAGAAACCAAUGGAGAUCAAGAAUUUCUACAAGAUCGCUACUAAAUACUCAAUACCCACAAUUACAAAUAUUGUUUGCACAAGUAAAAAUGGGAGAAAAUGAAUGGGUGAUGAAUGUGAAUCAAGAACUUCAGAACAUGGGUGAUUCAUCAUCAGAAAUGGAGCAGUGGAAAAAACGAUCAAUCUACCGUGUGCCCUCCUGUGUAACCGAUCUGAACAAAAGAGCCUACAAGCCGCAGUCGGUCUCAUUCGGGCCAUACCAUUAUGGAGAACCGAAUCUAGAGUCCAUGGAAGAGAACAAGCACCGGGCUCUCCUUCACUUUCUGAAAAGAUACAAGAAACCUUUUGAAUGCUAUGUGAAAGCUGUGAUGGAGGUUGUGGAGGAUCUGAAGCAUGCAUAUAGUGCACUGGAUCAGAAAUGGCAUCAAGAUACAAUGGGCUUUGUGAAGAUGAUGAUUUUGGAUGGAUGUUUUAUGCUCGAAAUCUUGCGUGCAGCGACUACUGACGAUGUUGAUUGUGAUAUUAAUGCUGCUGAUGCUAAUGUUGUUGAUGAUUAUGCUUCGAAUGAUCCGAUUUUCAGCAACCAUGGAAAGUUGUACAUCUUGCCUUACCUUAAACGCGACAUGCUCAUGCUCGAAAACCAGUUGCCGAUGUUGCUUCUAAACACGCUUGUCGCUGUUACAAAGGACGAAAACAAUCCAAACCAGCACGAUGAGGAAUGCGUGAACAAAAUGGUGCAAAAGUUCUGCUCUCCCUACUCUCGAAUCACGAAAAUGGGGAGAUCCCUGCAUCCCCUAGAUGUGUACCGAAGGAGCCUGCUAUGGGAGAACCCGCGUCACAAGAAGAAACCCGUCACCAAGUCAUACCACCAUUUAGUCAUCCAAGAAGGCGAUGAAAUCGUUAGAUCAGCAACAGAACUAUACGAAGCAGGAAUCCGCUUUAAAAAAUCCAAAACAAGAAGCCUAAAAGGCAUAUCAUUCAAAGGCGGUGUCCUCACGCUUCCUCCAGUCAUGGUGGAUGACGCAACCGAAUCGUUGUAUCUGAACCUGAUAGCGUUUGAACGACUCCAUGUUGGGGCUGGAAACGAGGUGACUUCUUACAUAUUCUUCAUGGAUAAUAUCAUUGAUCAUGCAAAAGAUGUUAGUCUGUUGCAUUCACAAGGUAUAAUUCAAAAUGCGAUUGGUAGUGAUAAGGCAGUGGCUAAACUGUUUAACUCCUUGUCCAAGGAUAUCACUUUGGAUCCAGAUAGUGCACUAGAUGUGGUUCAUAAACAGGUUCAUAAUUACUGCACCAAACCCUGGAAUGAGUGGCGUGCAAAUCUUAUACACACGUAUUUUAGGAGCCCGUGGGCGAUCUUGUCGGUUCUUGCAGCCGUUUUCCUCUUCGCACUCACUAUUAUUCAAACAAUCUACACUGUUUACCCGCAUGGUUAAUGUUAGAGUCAGUCGGUAUGGUUUCUUCAUGUAUGACAAAUAAACAUUACAGUAAUAUCGAUUUUCGGGGAAUAAUCAGAUUUUGCUUGUUGUCAUUGUAACACUUACAUGUAUAUCUUUUAAUAUUUUAUAAAAUUGAAGAUGUUAGAAACC